CAUCACAACUCCAUCAACAGGUGCAGACCUACAGCAGAUGAAGAUGAAGGAUGUGGUCAGGAGCCUGAUCAUCUGGACGGGUCAAAUAUCCGUGGGUCUGACAGCUGGAGAUGCGUUUAUUGAUGGAUAUUGAUUGUAGUACAGUUAUGAGGGUAAAAUAUGAGAAAACAGAUGCUGUAUAAACAGCCGGUCAGACAGAAUAAAUCCUCAUGCAUUCACAGAAAUGACAUCAUUUUCUGCAGUCCAUUUGCAGAUUGCAUAUAUAAAUGAAAAAGUGUUUCCAAAUGAAAUUGCCUUCAUGUUGCAUUAUAUCAUUAAUUUGGCUUCUGUUCACUAGAUUUUAAUUUUGCAUUUAUAAUUUUACACUUUUUAAUUUUCAUCUGCUUCAAGAUACUUUUGAGUUUGAUUUAUGAAUGUUUUUGUCAUGCAUUAUAUGUCACUUUUACACAUUUUUUUUUUUCAUUUUAUGCUUGCUUUUUUCAUUAGAUGCAUUUCAAUAUUAAAUUAAAAAGCCCUCGCUGGACAAAAGCCUCCCUGGACGCUGAUGGACAAGGUUGAGAAGAGUGAAGAGGCCGAUCAGGAGAUCAAGCAGGAUGGAACCAAACCGGAGGAAAACGCCGACAAGGCCGCCACCAAGAUCCAGGCCAGCUUCCGUGGACACAUCACCCGGAAAAAGAUGAAGGACGAAGAGAAAGAUGAGGAGAACGACGCCGCUCCGGAUGAAUCCGCCGAGACCGAGGAGAAGAAGGAGCGAGUCUCUCCGUCGGAGGAGAAACCGGCCGAGGUUUCCACGGAAACAGCAGAGGAGAGCAAACCAGCUGAGCAGCCCAACUCACCUGCCGCUGAAGCCCCGCCCACCGCUGGGACUGACUCCGCCCCCUCAGACACGCCCACUAAAGAGGAAGCGCAGGAGCAGCUGCAGGAUGCAGAGGAGCCAAAAGAGGCGGAGAACACGGCGGCCGCUGACGACAUAAACACACAGAAGGAGGAGGAGGAGGAGGAGGAGGAGGAAGCCAAACGAGCCGAUGUGCCUGACGCUGCUGCCGCCGCCGAGAGCCAGGAAACAGACCAAACUGAUGAAAAAGAGGCCCUCGACGACUCCAAACCAGCAGAGGAGGCCGUUUCAGACGCCGGCAAAGAGGAGAAUGUUUAACGGACGACCAGUGAAAUGUAAAAGCAUAAGUAAUCGACAGACUGCACUUGAUGAUGAAGACGGUCUGUUUUUAUGUUUGUCCUCUCUUUUCUGGUGUGGCAGUGAUUUUCUGACGUUUGGAGGGAGUUUUCCAGUGCGGAUCGAUCGCAGACGGACACAAGCCUCCAUCUGUCCAGCUCCUCUUCUGAUUCAUGAGAAUCCUUCCUCCAGAGAAGAGAACCUUCUCACACGCACCCAACUAAUACAUGUGGCUUCUUUUCAUGUCCUUGGUGUUGUUUCAUUGAAGAUAUUGCUGCACUGAUGUUAAAAAUCGAGAAAAUCCAACAAAAAGAAAAAGCGCCAGCCAUUCUGUUCAAGUGAGUUUGAAUCUAAGGAGUAAAAUCGUGGAAAAUGGUUUCGUCUGUUUUCAAAAUAAAGAAAUGUGCCAAUUA